AUGUCAUCUGGAAUCGUAAUUGUCCAGCAACAGGAACGAAUGGUGGUACAAAGGUUUGGGCGCUUCGACAAAGUGGUCAGCCCGGGUUUCCGUUUCCUUGUGCCAUUUGUCUUUAGCGGCACCAAGGUGGGAGUUUGGGAACAAACCCAACGUGUUCCUACCCAAAAAUACAUAACAACCGAUAACGUAUUGGUUGACCUGGACUUCGUAAUCUACUAUCAGGUGCUGCCAGACGAUGAGAACCCGCGCAAGGCAGUCCUUGAUGUCCAGAACUACGAAGCGGCCGUGCUUAAUCUGGCGGUGGCUGAACUUCGUUCAAUUAUAGGUAACAUAACAUUGGCAGACGCCCUGGCCGAAAGGGAGAAGAUUCAAGGGCAGCUACAAUUGGCACUGGACGAAAGUACCGGCCGCUGGGGUGUCAAGGUUAGAAACGUAGCCAUCAAUGAGAUUGAUCCGCCUCCCGGAGUGAAGCAGGCCAUGGAGCGGGAAAAGUCGGCCGCCGCCAUCAAGACGGCUGAAAUCACUGAAUCCGAAGGUCAAAGGCAGGCGCAGAUAAACCGUGCGGAAGGCGAGAAGCAGUCGGCCAUUUUGCAGGCGGAGGGCAACCGUCAAGCCGCCAUCCUGGAAGCUGAGGGGGACCAACAGGCCACGGUGUUGCGGGCCCAGGGGUUCAGCACGGCUUUGGACCGCAUUUACAGCGUUGCAAACACGGUGGAUGCCAAGACGAUGAGCUUACAGUACUUUGACACACUGAAGUCCUUGGGUUCCAGCCCUUCAACCAAGUUCAUAUUCCCUAUGGAGUUUACUUCAAUGCUGUCACCUUUCCUUGGCAUGGGCUCAAACCAGCAACCCAGCAAUGGGGGCAACAGCGAAGCUAACCAGAGUUAG